AAUAAAAACCUCAAUGUUUUGGAAGAGGGAUUUUGUCUCACAGCGCUCAGCCUCUGUUUGAUUUGAGCCUUCUCUUGAAGUGGCGAAGAUGCGCUCCUCAACCACAAGAUCGAGAUGAGUAUUUACUUUUUUACAGGUCAGUAUGUGACGGCAGUACUGAUUCGGGUAGAAAGAUUGCGUUCGAAAUGUGUCCGUCACUUGUGGCACGGACCAUUCGAGGCAUGUCCAGGUAGCUGUCGAGAUCUUGACAUGAGACUGAGAGAGAGGGGACCAUGGCUGAUCUUUCUCCUAAGCAGGCGACGACAUCAAGGUGUCGCGUUUCAAUGAAAGACGCAGGCGGAAUCCAGCUUUGCGCAAUCCCAGAAAUAACUUUGAGCAAAGAUCAAGGAGGUUCUCGCAGCUUGCCUGCAACUGGGCAAAUAACACCGAUACCAUUCCGGACAUGCAAUUACUGGAAAGAGACGAGCAAGUCACACUGUGCGCGGUGUAAGCUCACCCAGCACCUGGAUACCGACUUGGCUAAUCCUGCCUCCUUGCUAGAACAGGAACUGCACCACAUGACUGGUGGUUGGAGAAGAUCUGGUGGACGGUGACGAGCGUAAUGGCGCUAGUAUGUGUAGACAGUUGAGGUGGAAAGUGUCCCUCAACCCUCGCCAGGGCACUCUGCGCCGUAAUCGUGACGUUGUACGCUAGCACUGGUCACCGCCGUUGCCCGGACGCGAUGAUCAAUCCGCUGCGACGGCGUGGCUGCAAGCGAGCACUGCUGUACUUGCUGGUCGGUGUGGCCGCUGUCGCCUGUCUGGAUGUGGCGCUGCAUAGACUCGGGCCAGGCCACCACUUGUUCACGUUCAAAUGGCGCUCUCCCGAAGUUACAAUCAGGGCAAGUGCCACGACUACACAUGCCAUACCGAUUAUCAGUGUCAGACCGCGACCGGCCGGACGGCCACCGCCAAAGUCAGGCUGCAACGCCAACGAGUUUCCGGCCGACUCUGGGUGCCGAGCGUGCCACGAGCAGUGCGUAGGCUGUGCCGGGUUCAGCGACGAGCUGUGCUUUGACUGCGUGCACAGCAAGGACGGCGGCCGCUGUGUGGCCAAGUGUCCCAAGGCGCGGCCGUAUCGCGGCGGCCACAGCGGGACGUGGUGCGUUUCGCGCUGCCUCAGUGGCCAGGAACCCGACCCUAGCGGCACUUGCCGUAAGAAAGGGGCGUUCAAUGAGCACAUGAUCAAGAUGCCCGUCGGGAAGGUCAACAGCUCAGCAGCGCAGCGCUGGCAUUUCGAUCCGUCGGUUAACCUGGAUUACCCGAAGGUUGCACUAACUACAUACCAGUCUCUCGACUCACUUAAGAACGCCCGUCUCCUUCUGCCGCUGCUUCCGUACGGCCCUAACAAUCAGUACCGUGGCUUCAAGGAGAGCAUCUGGGCUGCUAAGUUCCUGAACCGAACAUUGGUCUUGCCACCUUUCUUCAACCACUACAGCGUUAGUCUCCCUGGUCACAUGCCAGCUUCGAAGCGUCACCUGGCCGAGAGGUUUGUCAUGUCUCCUCAGGAAACGUUUGACAUCGCCACGCUGUCCAACGCCAUGCCCGUCGCGUCCUGGCAACAAUUUGAACAGAUCUGUGGUGGUCGUGUUGGCGUGGAGUACCACUGCCGAGCGGAAAGCGACAACACCGUGGAACGUGCAUUCUACUUCUACCGGUUGACGCGCCUGAAUGCAGAUCACGCUGACAAGGUCUACUUGGCCAAGGCCGUGAAAGACUGGUAUUCAGUUCCAGCCCAGCAGCUGGUGGAGCGUGCGUUUGUCAGCCCUCACCAAUGUGCUGUGCUAGCCUUGCCUUACCACACGCUCAUACUCACUGGCCAGCAUUUCAGCUUUCUGAGCAAGCACCUAUUACGCUCAGUGCAGACUAGACAAGCCGCUAGUAUAGUGUGGCAAGGGUUGCUGCAUGGGCAGAAGUACAUUGCCGUGCACUGGCGCUUCAACUCUGAAUGGGGCCGCUUUUGGUGCAAGCAGACAAACGCGUUCCGCUAUAACGAGAGCCUUGUUCCCCUCAACAUGCGGCCCGAAUGCAAGGUGCUGGCAGCCACCAAGAAGCAAGUUCUGGACACGCUGCUUGCGAUCAUGCACAAGCACGAAAUCUCGUAUGUGUACAUGGCAAUCAUGACUGACUCUACGGGUCUGGUUCAGUUGCUGAAGAAGCACAUCAAGCACUUGAUCUUACCGUCACAUGUGCAGGGCAACGUAGACGUCUCGGGCAAUUAUGCACUCUCGUUGGUCGAGCAGGAGGUCUGCAGUGGUGCGGACGUUUUCAUCGGCAGCACCAAGUCCUCCUGGUCGCAGAAUAUUGUGGACGAGCGCUACUCCUCAGGCAAGCAAAACCCAGAGCAGAACCAAUGGUGGCAUCGCAUUCUGUGACCUUGAUGGAAGCAAACCCCAGAAGCACUCCGAUUGCAGCGCUUUAGUCGGGUGUGCAACUGAACGACGUCGAAGCAGCCGGCCUCCCGCAUUGAUAUGCACUUCCCAAGACGGUUGCUGAUGUCUGCAGGUGAUUCCUACCCGAGCUGGUCUGCGCCCUGCAGGAAUCCACUGACAUUGACAGGAACACCUCCACGUCAUUAACGUCAAAGUUUCCAUAUGUCCUGCAUCGCAUCUUGGGAGGAUUGUCAUCACCCUAUUGGGCUAUUGCAGCAUGUAUCUCCUCGGGAAAAUCCUCUACCUACUAGCCACACUUUCCUUCUUCUUCUUCUUUUUUUAAUCAAAGAGGUGUUUAUCUCCCUGGUCAGCAGAUGUCUUAGCCAACAACUAUUAUUUAUGUUAGCAAUUUUUUUAUCAUCUAUUUUCACUGGCUUUUUUCACUGGCUCCGCUUCGGAGAAAAAUAGAUUUUAAAAUGCAAAUGUGCUCAAGGAUUAACAAGAUGGAAAUGAACGCUUGGUGUUGUUGAAAUAAGUUUGCACAUAUCCGCCUAGCUUGCAAUGCUAAGAAUUAUUAAAACGAAAACUAAUGGUCUUUGUGUGAAGAAAUAUAGGACUGGCUCUCUUUUAUAGUGCAUGUGCUCUGUGUGCAGAACAAACAGUCUCUAACAAACUGAAAAGGAAUGAAUACUUUUUGGCACUGCAGAAAAUACUCUUGUGAAUAUUG